CAGACAAGGAGGGAGGAGGUGCGGAGACCACAACAGAGAGGGAGCGAGCCGGAGGAGAGCCCUGCACCGCAUUAACGAGACAGAGCACAGAGGAGGAGGAGGAUCGUUUUCUGAUGCCGAGCUGACGGUGCCCGGUGGUGGAGCGGAGCGUGGAGCGGCUGACAAUCGCAGGAUUGAUGGAGAUGGAGAGACAGCGUAGUCGCCCAGCACUGCUGUACACCUGGACAAAAGAGCUGCACUGACAGAGGCCUGCACAGUGCUUCUGACACAGCGAGUGGACGAGGACGAGUCCACAUACGUGAACGUUAUCGGCUGUCAGGACAGAGUCUGGCCAACUGUGAGGGGCAAACAUUUGGAGGGACAGAGAUGUUGUGGCAGGACAAGCAUGCAGCCCUGACUUUCAUGUCAUUACUGCUGCUACUGUGGCAGGAAGCAGCACCCAUUGAAGUCCCAGAAGACCCAAAGAUCCAGCAAGACUUGAAGCAGCCCCCAACUAUCAUGAAACAGUCAGUAAAGAACUACAUUGUGGACCCCAGAGAUAACAUCAUCAUUGAGUGUGAGGCCAAGGGCAACCCCGUGCCAACGUUUUCAUGGCGAAGAAAUGGGAAGUUUUUCAAUAUUGGGAAAGAUCCCAGGGUGACGAUGCGAAAACGCUCGGGAACCCUGGAGAUCGGCUUCCGCAGCGGAGGUCGGCCGGAGGACUACGAGGGAGAAUACCAGUGUUUUGCCACCAAUGACUUCGGAGUUUCUCUGUCCAACAAAAUCCUGCUCCGGGUCUCCAAGGCUCCUCUGUGGCCUAAGGAGGUGCUGGAGCCAGUAUCUGUGACUGAAGGCUCCGCACUGGUUCUACCUUGCAACCCCCCACCAGGUCUGCCUCCUCCGUUCACCUUCUGGAUGGACAGCAAUAUGAGUCCAAUCCCUCAGGAUAAACGAGUGUCCAUGGGUCUUAAUGGAGACCUCUACUUCUCCAAUGUUUUGGCCCAAGAUGCAAACACAGACUACAGCUGCAAAGCUCGCUUUCUGUUCACACACACCAUCCAGGAGAAGAACCCAUACAAACUCAAAGUUCAGACCAAGGAGCCAUACAAUGACACAUCUUACAAUGCCUCUGAGCCCCACGGUGACCGUAAAGUAGCAGAGUCCACGCCGACCUUCCUCUCACCAUCAGGAAGUGAGAGCUCCAAAAUGGUGCUGCGAGAUGAGCAGCUGCUGCUGGAGUGUAUCGCUGCUGGCCUUCCAACACCCAUCAUCAAGUGGUUUAAGAAAGGUGGGGAGCUGCCGGGGCAGAAGGUCAAGUUUGAGAACUUCAACAAGACCCUGAAGAUCGUUAGUGUGUCAGAGGAGGACGCUGGCGAGUAUGUGUGCAUGGCCAACAAUCAUUUAGGCACCAUACGCCACUCCAUCUUUGUUCAAGUUAAAGCGGCUCCUUACUGGUUACACAAGCCAUCAGACCAGGUGCUAGCCCCAGAAGAGAAUGGACGCCUGGUAUGCCGGGCCAAUGGCAACCCUAAACCUCGCAUUGAGUGGCUCGUCAAUGGGCAGCCUAUAGAGAGCUCUCCCACCAACCCAAACAGGCAGGUCCAUGGAGACACCAUCAUGUUUCACUCUGUGCAGAUUGGAAGCAGCGCCGUGUACCAGUGCAACGCCUCCAACGAGCAUGGCUAUUUGUUAGCCAACGCCUUUGUCAACGUUCUUGACCUGCCCCCGAGGAUGCUGGGCCCCAAAAACCAGCUAAUCAAAGUCAUUAAGAACAACCGCACCUUCCUAGACUGCCCCUUCUUUGGUUCGCCUUUACCGGAGCUACGCUGGUUUAAGAAUGGACAGGGCAGCGGGCUGGAUGGAGGCCAGUACCGAGUUUACAUUAACGGUACCCUGGAGAUAAAGCGGGCCCGAGCAGAGGACGAGGGAACCUACACCUGUGUGGCCAGCAGCAUCUUGGGAAAAGCUGAAAACCAAGUGCGCCUGGAGGUCAAAGAGCCGACUCGCAUCAUUCAGGCCCCCGAGCACCAGUCAGCCACCAGGGGCUCCGCAGCUCGCUUCACUUGUAGGGUGACGUCUGACCCCAGCCUCCCCGUCAGUGUGACCUGGAUGAAGGAUGACAAGCCUCUUUACUUGGGAUGGAGGUUGAAGAAGGAUGAUGAGUCUCUGUCCAUCCCCAAUGUGAACGAGGGUGACGAGGGGACGUACACCUGCACUGCUAAAUCUGAGAUAGACCAGCUGUCAGCCUCGGCUCGCCUCACUGUGUUAGAGGUGGCCACUCUCAACCCCUCAGUCUCUAGUGCCUUGCUUCCAGCCCGUCCAGACCCCCCCAUGGAUCUGGAUUUGUCAGACCCAGCAGCACGCAGCGUUCGCCUCACCUGGAUCCCUGGAAAAGACCACAGGAGCCCCAUCACAGAGUUCUUGGUCCAGUUUGAAGAGGACCGCUGGGAGCCGGGUAGGUGGCAGAACUUGUCAUCUUACCCCGGAGACCUCAACUCUGUCAUCCUGCAGCUCGCUCCCUUUGUCAACUACCAGUUCAGGGUCAUCGCCAUCAACUCAGUAGGUCAGAGUGAUCCCAGCCGCCCCUCGCCCCGCUACAAGACAACUGGAGCUGCACCAGAUGCCAUUCCCAAAGGCCUGCGGGGUUGGGGGUCCAGAAAGGACAAUAUGGAGAUCACCUGGGAGCCUCUCCUCGAUCUGGAAAGAAAUGGUCCAAACCUGCACUACGUUGUGUGGUGGAGACGAAAAGACGCUGAAGAGGAGUGGAAUAACGUGACCACAGUGGGGACGAAACAUGUGGUCCACAAUACAGAAAUCUAUGUGCCUUAUGAGAUCAAAAUCCAGGCCAGGAAUGAGUUCGGAGCAGGACCAGAGUCUAACCUGGUCAUUGGAUACUCUGGAGAAGACAAGCCCACUGAUGCUCCCACUGACCUGCGGGUAUCAAAGGUUGACAGCACCAAAGCUAUCCUCCACUGGACCCCUGUGGACCUGAACUCUGUCCAGGGAGAGUUCAAGGAGUAUAGAUUAUACUACUGGCGUGAGUCUAGUCAGGUUCCAGGUCUGGUGGUCAGUAAGGAGAAAAAGGUCAAAGGUUUCUUUACCACUAUGGUCAAACCAUCUGGCAUGCUCAGUGACCUGGCGCCCUACUCGAACUACAAGAUGUUCAUGGUUGUGGCCAACAAUCGCUUUGAGAGUCAACCCAGCAACACUGUGGCAUUUACCACCAAAGAAGGAGUUCCAGACGCUCCAAGGUUCUUCAAAAUUAAUCGCAGAAGUUUGGACACGAUCCACUUGGAAUGGGCGAAACCUCUGGAGCCCAAUGGCAUCCUGACUGGAUACCAGCUCAAGUACCAAACAGUCAACGGUUCCAAGGUGGGUCCUUUUCAGCUGGAGACGUUCUUUCCUAAUGUGACGGAGUUUUUCCUUCGCGUGCCGGACCGUUCCUCCCGCUACAAGUUCUUCCUGUCAGCACUGACUCAGGUGGGAAAGGGGGAGGACUAUGCUGAGGAGUCUCCACACUUCACUAAUGAAGAAAACUUUACUGACACCACAGAUCUAGUCGAGCUUACCGACUCCUUUGUGGCUUCUGGUCUCACUCCUACUCCUACUCCUUUUGGUUUUCCUUCUCCUACUACCAUUGCUCCUACAACCAUUAGUACCUCAGCUACUCCCACUCCUACAACUACGACUUCAACCACUACUAUUGCCACCACUUCUACUACUGAGGCAACCACUACCAUCCUUCCAAUGCUGUUCCCCACCAAGCGUAUUGACCAGAAUGUGUUGGUGGCGUCUGGGCGAGAGAUCUGGAAUUUGACGGUGGAGCCUAACAGUAACUACGCUAAAGUCAGCUGGACGCACAACUUCCCGGCCAGCAGCAGCGAUUUUGUACUAGAGUUCACUCUGGACAGUAACAAGACGAAGAAAGAUGUAAAGAGUCAACAGCCCCCCAUUAAUGUGGUGGAUCUCGUCCCAGGCGUCGUGUAUCACCUGAGAGUUUACUCCCAUCUGUUCAACAGUGUCAGCAGCAAAUCUGUCACCUUUAAGACCAAAGCAGCCUACAUAGACCAGGUCGACAUAGCCACGCAGGGCUGGUUCAUCGGAUUGAUGUGCGCCAUCGCCCUUAUCAUCCUCAUCCUCCUCAUCGUCUGUUUCAUCAAGCGCAGUCGUGGAGGGAAGUACCCAGGUGGUGGCUACACGAGCUGUUUCACAAAGGCUCUGGUGCGAGAUAAAAAAGAUCUCCCCUUGGACGCGGUGGAUCAAAAAGACCAGGAUGGAUCCUUUGAUUACCACAGCGACGAGGACAACAAGCCUCUGCAGGGCAGCCAGACUUCCCUGGAUGGCAACGUAAAGGAAAGCGACGACAGCCUGGUGGACUACGGCGAGGGAGGAGACGGGCAGUUCAACGAAGACGGCUCUUUCAUCGGCCAAUACACAGUGAAGAAGGACAAGGACGAGACGGAGGGCAACGAGAGCUCCGAGGCCACCUCGCCUGUGAAUGCCAUCUACUCGCUGGCAUAGCGGCUCAACAGCGGCGAACUUGGACGCACCCUCUGAUUUGUUAUGAUAGAACCACACACAUGAUUCUACGAGUAUAUGAAACACAUUACACACAGUGAAAGCAGCAGUCUGGACACUGUCUAGGCUCUCCUCUGCAGGUGGAAAAAGAUGCGACCACAAGCCUUUAAUUUAUUUUUCCAGUUCUAACAAUACGGUCCAUGGACACAUCUGGAGGAAGUGGACAAUGCUCGUUUCCUUUGCGCUCUGCCUGCCCUUUACCCACACAGACUUGGAGUGUGCCUUCGGGAGGCAUCAAAUGUUCUUUAGAGAUUUUUUGGUUUGUGACUCAGCUCUGCUUCCCGAUAACCUCCCCGUGCCCGGCAUACCUCUGCGUAACCAAGUAAAGUAGUCACAGAGGUUAAGUAUACAUACACACUCUGGCCACAUCCUGUAACAUAUCAGCUUCUAACCAUAGGAUGCCGGCAGAUAUGUUUAUCAUAUUGAUAUUUAGGCAAUGAAAGAUUUUAGUUUUUCCACAGCUGAUAGAGGAGUCCGUGAAACUUAACGAAUGCUGUAAAAAGUCCUGGCACACAUUUUAGUGCCCUGCAAAUCUAUGCACUAUCACCUCCUUCACACCAUUUUUGUUUCAUCUGGUUAGUAAAAGUACACAUUGUGGGCUUCUUUUAGCAGAUUCAGUCCCAAGGUGGUUGGCCUUGAACUUCGUUGCAGGCAUGCAUCUGUUCCCUCUUAUCCUGUGUUGCAGUUCAAAAUGCUUUUCCUGGGAAAAGCUGUUUCAUGCUUUGUGCUCAGUUACAGUAUGAGGUUCAUUAAACCCAACGUUGUUCUGAAGCAUGGUGAUAAACUUAGUGCGAGAGAGAUGUGACAGGUUUGCUCGAGAGACACCAGCGCACUAAAAAACAGUGAACUCCCUAAUUAGCAUGUGGGCUUGUGCUACAUUCAUGUCUAGCUGACAGCGUUCGAGGGCAAUGAUUCCCACACUAAUAUGGGAACCAUUGCCACCAUGUUGCUGGAAUGUGGGAAAAACUGUAAAAGGAAGAAGCUUGAAUUCAGUGUCUCCUGCCGUAAUCGUCCAGUCUGCUAUCCAAAGACAGCUCAGUCUGUGAGCUCGAGGAGGAUCAAACUGCCAACCUCGCAGUUAUUGGAUGACCUCAUCAAAGCACAAGAUGACUGGUCAGUCAGUCCUGGAUCAAUAUUCUUCUAAUAUUGCAGGACAACAGACAAACCUUCUUUGCAUCUGUGAGGCUCCUUAAUUCUGCUGACUUUGUUAAAGAGUUACAUCCAAUCAGGUAAACUGGCAGUUUUGUGUUUUAUAACCAGGCCAAAUGUACGGUGGUCACACAGGGACAUAUUUCAACUUAAAGAAAAUAUUCUUCUGCCCCAACUGUCAGGUUAGCAUCUUCGUUCUGUCUCCUGGGUCAUGAAUGUAGCACCAGAAGUCAUGAUCCAUGAGCCGCGUCCACACUAAACUCUGUGCGUUCAGCUUCACUGCGGCUGUGCAGACAUCAGCACCACACACUGUAUACAACGACCUCCAGUACUCACUGUUAUUGGAACAGCCACACGUGUUGAUCUGAACGAGUCCACAUAGAUUCAAUUAUCUUACUUUAUUGCCUUGAGGUGCUUUAUAUUGCAAGGUACAACAUGGGCGAGCGAAGGCCAACAAUCACAUGAUGUAGAGAAGGUGCAUCCUAAUCAGUGAGGUAAGUGCACUGCACUCUGUGUAGCCCGACCCCACCUGCACAGAGAGACCCCGGCCUCUUUGGUUCUUUGAAUCUUUAUGAACUUGAUCCGUUUCUUAUCGCUCCAAAAAGACAUAAUUACAAAACACUGUUACGUGAUACGAAUGAUUUAAAGAAUGAAAAGUACACUUCACAGCCACAAAUGAAAGUUAUCAUUUGACAUUUCUGAGGUUCACUCAUGCUGAAGCUACUGAAGCUACUAUUACCCCCUGAGUGCUACAUCGAACAGGCUGACGUUUGGAAUAUUUAUUUGGUAUUUAUUACAUGAUGUGGAUAGCAUUAAUAUAUUAGUUCUUAAUUUAAUUCACUUCAUUUUUAUGUACAACUGAGCCAAACUACCGAUGGCUACAGAAUAAAAUUAUUGUUCCUCAACACACAACUGUAUGUUCAACAUGUUUUUCUGCUGUAGCCGACGUCUCAUCCUUAUACUCAUGUUGUAUUACUGUUACUCUGUGUUGUUGUUCAGACUUAAGUAGCAUAACCUUUCCAUCAUUCUGAGAAUGAAUUGAUGUGUACUCAUUAUUGCAGAUUAUUUGGUAUUUAUUUUGUACAUCAGAGUCCUGAAAGAAAAUCCUACCUGUGUAAAUAUUGAAGACUUGACCCCCACCCGCCCAAUGAGUCACAAAUCUGCAUCCACCAAGCAGCUGUAGUGGUGCAGUCUGUCGUGCACCUUUGUUAUGUAGCUUUGAUUCAUCUUUGCACUCUGAGGAAGAGUCAUCCCUUUGCGUUGUCAUAUACGGACUGUGGCCUUGGUUUGUGUGUUGUGACAGAGAAAUAUGUUCGAUUGUGUACGUGUAACAGCUGCUGCAGCGUACUACCUGAGUUACACAAACGACUACAAGACCUGAGAACAGGGAUUUCCUGAGGUCCCCUCCUUGUCUCUGGAUACACAGGCAUGACAUGUGUGUCAUCACAGGGGUCAACAACUUUGACCCCUGUGAUGUAUUCCACUUUGUUGGUCUUUGUUCCCCAUUACAGCUCUUCUCAGGUGCUCUUUGUCAACUUGUAAAUCCACAAAAACCUUGGUAAGAAGUCUUAAACUCGGGAAAAUCAUUCAUUUUCUGAACUUCCUCUUUCUUAAUGUGUCCUAGUGUGAGACGGCCAAUAAACUGUAGCCCCAAACCUGACAUGUGUUUCAAACAAUCCACAGCAACCAGGUGCAAUGUGAUAUCAGACCUCAUCAUCCUCAGCUGACACACUGCAGAAUGAAAAGGUUUUACUAGAUUUGAUCUCUGUAACAAAGACAGAGGGACAUUUUCUAUGAUGAUAUAUCAUCAACACUAAGCAUUCGCUAAAACUAACAUUUAAAUGGCGAGUUCUCUUCUGUCUAGAAUUCGUUGACAGCUCUCUCUCGAGCACUGUACAGAUGAACCUUGGCAGUGUUAAUACAAUGGCAUUAGUAGCAGGUAAACACAGGUGAGCACAGGUGAGCUACUCUAUAAUCUUACCUUCAAAAUGUUCUGGAGUCACUGCAGGACUUUAACCGUCCUGAAGUGAAAACAUAUGUUCCCUUCUGUUCAGAGUUGGACGAGCUGCCUUAUUUCCUCGCCCACUUCACCUGCUAAUGGUUGUUCUUGUAUAAGAGGCAAGCCUUUGUAAUUCAGUCAGUUUGAUUUGUUAAAGCAAACUCAAUACUUCAUGUGCACACUACAGGACACGUGAAGGACACUACAGGAGUAAAACUCCUCAAUCAUUUCAUGAAAUGGGAAACCCUUUAAUCUUCUUGUGAGAUGUUUGCCUGCAUACUGUCUGCAAAACACUGAAUGAGACUAGACAACCACAAAGCGAGGCAGAGUUUAGCAUCCACAUCUAUUGGAGAUAAAGUAUCUGAAUUUGGGGAGCAUGCCUCCAAACAUGCUCCUCCUGGUUUCUACACAUGACUCCCCCAUUUCUAUUAACUGUUCCCUGGUUUUCAUGCCCCACCCUCACUCCUCUCUUCACUUCUUCACUUCUCGUCAGCACACAGGGAUCUGCCAUGGAAACAGGGAAACAGGGCAUGCAUUUUUGGACUUUGAUGGGAAUAUUUUUAUUCUUUUAAUAAUUUAUCUUGAGUGUUUUUGCCAGGCUGUCUCUAUCCCCAUCUGUGCUACACCCAAGUGUUAUAAUGCUACAGUUAUCCUUCUUGUGAUGCAGCACAAUGCCACUUGAAAUUGAUUGAAGGUACCUGCUUAACAGGGCGCCAGGUUAAAAACAAUUGUAGAGGAUUUUCAUGAAACACAUGCUUAUUUGCUUCCUACAGUGGGUUUAGAAGUUGACCCAGACCACCUGCUAAAGUCUGCAGAGGAGAAGGCCACUUUAUUUAUGAUACCUUGUGACUGCAAAGUGAAAUCUGAGUUUGAGCAUCUCUAAAACGGAGCCCAGUAGUUUCCUUGUCAUUGAUGAUCUCAUAUUUCUCCUUUCAAGACAAACCUCUUGCUUGACAGUACGUCCCAGUCCUCUCUCCUGAAUGUUAAAGCAGUGUCCUCUGAGUUCAUCAGCAGGAUGAUUCAUCCCAUGCUGUGUUGACUAGCAGGACGCUGCUUGUGAAACUGACACAGACAGUGAGACAGAGCACUGCAAGAGCAAUAUUUGAUUGAAGAACAGGUCUGAAUUUUAAACUGGAACUGGAAAUCUUUGCUAAAAAUCAUCACACACACCACUCCUUACUCGCUCUGCUGCUGCCCAUCCACCAAGCUCCACUGGUGGAGCACAGCAGGGAUGCUGGCAACAUAAAGAAACAAAGGUAUACAAAGCUUCGUGUGUGUCUACACAGUUUAUGGUGCACAAAGACCAAGCUUCUUUUUCUUCACGUUAUCUUAGCUCACCUUUAAUUGGGGAUGAAAAUAGUCAAUGUGUAUUUUUACAGCCUUUGCUUUUCCUUCAGUUUAAAAUGCUGCAAAGUGUCAGAACUUACUGGUGCACAUUUCCAGCUGGAUUUUUCACUGCGUCAUAUUGGCAUCUUCUUGUUUUUGUGUAUCAGAGCAGCGUGCUAACACCUUGCUUCUACAUGCAGCAUAACAGCUUUUGUAAGGUACAUCUACUCUACAGGAAAUGGCUUAAAUAUAUUCACCAUGUAUGCGUGUAUGAUGACAUGUUGCAACUUCUGCUAGUGCGCCUUCUUUAUAGUAAAGCUAUCUCCUUUUCUCUACCUCC